UGUCUAACCUGCACACGUGUAAACCGACGACGGUAGACGGUACCCGAAGAAGCAAACCUCCACGUACGGGCGGUCCCUGAUCACCAAAUUCUCAAGGACAAACGGGUAUACCAGUAACGUUUAUUUACUGUUGCACGUCGUGCCUUUGAGCAACCUCCGAUAUCCAUCCUCCGAGGCUCGUCGGCGGCGAGCAUCCCCAAGCCAACAUUACCAACCGACAAGAUUCCUCCCACAACGAGGAAGCGGAAAGCCGCUGAGGCGAAACUAUCCGCAGACACCCCCGAGGCCAUUCCCAUCAAACGAGUCCUCGCCUCAGCAGCUGCUACAGACGCAGCGCCCCCAACUCCGAUUACCGGCAUGGAUUCAGACGAGGAUUUCGUCUCGACUAUUUCUAGUGGAGAUGAUAUUAUGCAAGACGACACCGACAAUGAUGACAUGUCGGGUGCCGAGGACUUCGAUGUAUUCGACGACGAACCCGAUGACGUGCCCGGCAUUCCUUCGCAGAAGUCCGAUAAGAAGAAAGGCGUGUCGUUUGACAUCAGCUACAAAGUAUACACGCCUCACGACAUAGAACAUCAACAAGAAGAAAUGAUCGACGAAGUUAACAUGAUCUUGGAGAUGACUAAAGAGGACGCCGCUAUUCUAUUGCGCCACUUUAGAUGGAAUAAGGAGCGCUUAAUCGAAGACUAUAUGGAUAACCCAACCAAGGUCCUGGAGGCAGCCGGUCUAGGUCCCAGCUCCUCCGCGCCACCUAAAUUAGAGGUCAUACCAGGUUUUGCUUGCGAUAUAUGUUGCGAAGACGAGGAAGGCCUUCUUAGUUUCGCUAUGAAAUGCGGUCACCGUUAUUGCGUUAAUUGCUACCGGCAAUAUCUUACGCAGAAGAUCCGCGAGGAGGGCGAGGCAGCCCGUAUUCAAUGUCCCGCCGAGGGUUGCCACCGUAUUAUCGAUGCGCGGACCUUGGAUUUGCUAGUGACAACCGAACUUGCCGACCGAUACCAAGAGUUACUCAACCGUACGUAUGUUGAGGAUAGAGAUGCCCUUAAGUGGUGUCCUGCUCCCGACUGCGAGAACGCGGUUGAGUGUGCUAUCAAGAAAAAGGACCUAGACAAGGUAGUACCGACGGUUGCUUGUGCCUGUGGCAACAGAUUCUGUUUUGGCUGCAUACUUAGUGAUCAUCAGCCAGCGCCUUGCGAGCUUGUUAAAAGGUGGUUAAAGAAGUGUGCGGAUGAUAGCGAAACUGCUAACUGGAUUUCUGCCAAUACCAAAGAAUGCCCCAAAUGUAACUCGACAAUUGAAAAGAACGGGGGUUGUAACCACAUGACAUGCCGAAAAUGCAAGCAUGAGUUUUGCUGGAUGUGCAUGGGCUUAUGGUCGGAGCAUGGCACGAGUUGGUACAAUUGCAACCGAUUUGAGGAGAAGAGCGGGACGGAAGCGCGCGAUGCUCAGGCAAAGUCACGGGUGUCUCUGGAGCGAUACCUACACUACUAUAAUCGGUACGCAAACCACGAGCAGUCGGCGCGUCUAGACAAGGAUAUCUACCAGAAAACGGAGAAGAAGAUGGUACAAUUACAGACGGCAUCGGGCAUGUCAUGGAUCGAAGUACAAUACCUAAACUCGGCGUCGCAGGCGUUGCAGACGUGCCGGCAGACUCUAAAGUGGACUUACGCGUUCGCUUUCUACCUAGCUCGGAAUAACCUCACGGAGAUUUUCGAGGACAACCAGAAAGAUCUUGAGCUUGCGGUCGAGGCAUUAUCAGAGAUGUUCGAGAAGCCAAUUUCUGAGUUGUCGGCGCCCAAGCUCAAGGUUGAUAUCAUGGACAAGACAGCUUACUGCAACCGUCGACGGGUUAUUCUGUUGGAGGACACAGCGGACAACUUAGCUAAUGGGCGAUGGACCUUUAACGUAGACCUAAAGAGCAACGCUCCGGGAGCGAGCGGGACCAGUUCUCGCGGAUAAAUUGUAUUGUGUGUAACAGCAUCGAUAGAUAGAGCGUGGCCAUGGCCGGAGUUUGGAACGGGGUAUCAUUA